UGUUUCUACUUCAUCGUAUUCAAGUACUCAUAUCAAGCUUUAUCAAGACUAGUAGUUUCGUUAUCUUUGACCUCACGAGCCACAGAGAUACUCUACUUUAUCCGUUCAUCACUCUUCGAACCCUUACCACGUUUAUUCAAACAACCACCAUGGCGGUCUCUCGCAAUGGCAGCAGUAAUACCGCUCACGUCAAUAUGAUGACGGACAGCGUUAUCGCGAACCUACCACCUGAUGGCCUGAGAGUUAUCAUCCGCUCACUACUGGCAUCUCACCCUAAUAUCACUACCAGCUUCGAAGAUGCAACGCGACAAUACCUUGCUCAGGCCCAGACAAAGUCGUCAAAGUCCCAGUUUGACAGUCUUGAUAUUGGGGGAUUGGAAAAAGCCCAGAAGAUAGCUCGCUGUAUGCUUGGGUCUGGGCAAGCUUUCGAUGGUGUUUCUAUUCUCGACAAAUUGGUUGUUCGUGGUAUUCAGAUCGCUCUUGGCUCACCAGAAACAGAGAAACAGAGGGUCGAGUCACUCCUAGCUUCUUUGGAUGGCGAUUUGGUCCAAGCAAUGACGGCGGUGACAAAGAAGCUUGCUGUGAGCUCGGGGGCACGAGCGCUGUCUUCGAGAGAACAGGGCAUCAUUCAAGGACUGUUCGAGUCUCUUGCUCAGUGUCAAGAGAUGCUGAAAGACACAGGCAUAGACUUUCCUUAUGAGAGGGGGAUGCUCACGACGGCAAAGAUCUUGGGCGUUGCUUUGCCGGACUCGCAAGAAACAAGAUUGAACAAGGUGCCUUCGAAUAUUGCACGGCCUCAGCCCUCUAAUGAAACCUUCCAACUCGGUGAUAGAACACUGCCUCGCAUUUUCUCAGGCCUAUGGCAGAUGUCGAGUCCAGCUUGGGGCUCUGCACAAAUGUGUGAAAUCAUCAAGGGAUUUUCGACGCAUGUUCAAACUGGAUUUACUGCGUUCGAUAUGGCAGACCACUAUGGUGACGCUGAAGUUCUCUACGGCCGUUUUCGGUCGACCUAUCCCUAUAAGGAUGACAUGUUUACUGCAACGAAGUACUGCGUGUUUCAUCCGAUGACUGUUUCCCGAGAAGCGGUGCAAGCUAACGUCAGCGAGAGGUGUAGCAGACUACAGCAAGAGGUGAUAGAUCUGCUUCAGUUUCAUUGGCAACUUUGGGAUAAUCCCCAGUAUAUCGACGCGCUACAAUAUUUGGCAGAAGAUAAACGAGUGGCCCGAAUUGGUCUGUGUAACUUUGAUACAGAACAUCUUGAGCGAGUCGUCGAAAGCGGUGUCAAGAUAUAUACGAACCAGGUCCAGUUCUCAUUAAUUGACUCGAGGCCGACUUUCAAGAUGGCAGAUGCGUGCUCGAGACAUGACAUCAAGCUGUUAACAUAUGGAACUCUGUGCGGCGGAUUCAUCGCAGACAAGUGGCUCAAUCAACCAGAACCCGAUGUCUACGAUAUCAACAUUACUCCCAGCCAGAGAAAGUACUACGGAAUGAUAUGCAGCUGGGGCGGCUGGGAUCUCUUCCAAGAGCUUCUCAGCGUCCUUCGCACCAUCGCGACAAAGCACAAAGUCAACAUCUCCAACAUAGCUACACGCUGGGUCUUAGACUUCCCUUAUGUUGGAGCAGUCAUCAUUGGUGCAAGGAUUGGCAUGAGUGAGCAUACAAACGACAAUGCUACUACUCUCGGCUGGAGGUUGGAUGAUGACGAUCGCAGGCUGAUUGAAGAGGUUUUGGAGCGGAGUAACAGAGCCGAGAUGUUUGAGACCAUGGGCGAUUGCGGUAAUGAAUACCGAUGAGAAACGCGUCAGUAAGUGGAGAUAUCAGUUCAGCAGUGGUUCCGUGUUACCAAAAUGGGAUGGGAGGGCAUAUGUAACGUCUGAUUUAUGAGCCAUCCACCUCGUGCAUGCAUACCGCCCAGUCGAGACUGGCAAGCUGAACUCAUACAAUACAGUCCCUGUGUGAAGCGGGGUUGCUUCGGUCAAUCUUCAUAGAUAUUCCGUACCUUCAAUGCACCUGCCUUGGCAACGAUUCUCAAA